AUUAUAUCACGUCGGCCAUCUUGCUUGUUUUCCCAUUGAUAGUGUGUUGUGGAAAAAUUCUGGGUGGUAACGUAACGCACGUAAACUGCAUCGGUGCUUGAAGCACUCUGUAUUUUCAGGUCUACAUUUCUAUCCGAAGUGAUUUUUUGCCUCACAACACCAUGGGUAACAUUAAUACCACUGGACCCAAUGAAGCAAUGGUUGUUUCAGGUGGCUGCUGUGGCAGUGGCGACAAGAAGUAUAUCAUUGGAGGCUAUGCAUGGUCCUGGUGGCUGGUGUCGGAUGUACAGAGGAUAACCUUGGAGGUCAUGACAUUGAAUCCUCGCUGCGAGAACGUGGAGACCUCCAUGGGCGUGCCCCUGACGGUGACGGGCGUAGCCCAGGUCAAAGUCAUGACGGAGGAAGGGCUGCUGGCCCAGGCCUGCGAGCAGUUCCUGGGACGGUCGACCGAAGAGAUUAAGGAAGUCGUGCUGCAGACGCUGGAGGGCCACCUCAGGGCAAUCUUGGGUACCCUGACCGUGGAGGCCAUCUACCAGGACCGGGACCAGUUUGCCCAGCUGGUACGUGAAGUGGCUUCUCCCGACGUGGGCCGCAUGGGUCUGGAGAUCGAGAGUUUCACCAUCAAGGACGUGUACGACAAGGUGGAGUACCUGGGCUCUCUGGGCAAGUCCCAGACAGCCGUGGUCAAGAGAGACGCGGACAUCGGUGUCGCUGAGGCCAACAGGGAUGCCGGAAUCAGGGAAGCUGAAUGCGAGAAGGUCAUGAUGGACACCAAGUUUGACGCCGACACCAAGAUUGCCGACUCGGCCCGUAUGUUUCAGAUGAGCAAAGCCGGCUUCCAAGCUGAAGUGAACACCAAGAAAGCCGAGGCUGAGCUGGCCUAUGAGCUUCAGGCCGCCAAGGUCAAACAGCUGAUCCGUAGUGAGGAAAUCGAAAUCGAGGUCGUGGAACGGAGAAAACUCAUCGACAUCGAGGAGAAAGAGAUCGAACGCAAGGAGCGUGAACUGGUGGCUACCAUCAAGCGGCCAGCCGAGGCUGAGUCCUACAAGGUGGAGACCAUCGCUCAUGGUGAAAGAACACGGACCGUGUUGGCAGCCAGAGGCGACGCCGAAAAGAUCAAGAAAGUGGGUCAUGCUGAGGCCACAUCUAUCGAAGCCAUCGGCAAGGCUGAGGCUGAACGCAUGAGGAUGAAGGCAGCAGCCUACAAGCAGUAUGGAGACGCUGCCAAGAUGAGUCUGGUGCUGGAAUCCCUGCCAAAGAUUGCUGCUGAGAUUGCCGCCCCACUGGCCAAGACUGAUGAGGUCGUCCUCCUGGGUGAUGACCGGACCACAUCGGAGGUCACCAAGCUGCUGGGCUCUCUGCCAGUGGCUGUCCAGGCCUUGACCGGCACCGACUUGUCUAAGAUGAUGCAAAAGAUUCCAGGAAUCCAAUAGUCGGUGCGACGACACCUGCUUCAUCCAGAGUGCGGACAGUGCAACACCUUGUCAGCUGAUCAAAGACGCAGGGUGAAGUAGCCACAGGACAAGGAACAAAAACAAGUCAAGUGCAUUACUCUAUUACAAACCAAACUUUCUUUAAAUGUCCGACCCCCUCCAAUUUGUUAAUAGAUAAAUUCCAUACCUCAGGUUUGACUGCCGAGGAUGAGUAGUAUGAUUCCCAAUGGACUCCGCGUGCACAAGUACCCCCUCAACGGUGAAAAUGAGAGAGGCUUGAAGGACCACUUGGGUGCCAUCUUGGAUAUAAUGCAUAAGUAUACGGUUCAGAUGCAAUCAAUCUGUUUGGUUAGUGUUCACACAUCAUUUCCACUGGUUCCCAUCUCCAUAGCGGGUUCCCGCCUCCAUAGCUGGCUCCUGCUUCCAUAACUGGUUCCCACCUCCGUAACUGGUUCCCACCUUCAUUACUGGUUCCCACCUCCAUAAUUAUUCAGCAACAAUAACACAGAAGCUGGGAACCAGGGAACCAGUCAUCCACCCUUCCUUAGUAUAUUGUUAAAGAUAGCAAAUGGUACCCAACUAAGUGCAAGUUUCCUUCCUACAGGAUAAUGGUACUUGUUGAAAGAGCGCCCUCUCUUGUUUGCAAGUGGAGUCAAUAUCACUAUGCUGCCUUUUAUUCUGUAGUAUUUCUGACCCUUCAACCCAGAGUGUUGUGCAAACAUAAUGAUUCAAGAGAAAUUGUUUUCUUUUGGUUUGUAAGUAGUGAAGUUAGUACUGAGUGAGACCAAUUGUGGACCGAUAGUUUUCUGGUUGUCUAUUUGCCAGGCUGUCAGAAGAGGUGAAAAAAUGAACCUUAUACAUUUCUGAAUUUGAAAGUAAAUAAAAUUUUAGCGUUAAAAAAUCAAUUAAAAAAUAAGGAUUGAUGGUUGUAAAAUUUUUAAAAUUUAGAGUGAAAAUUGUAUUUUGAUAGGUAAUUUUUUAAAAUUGUGAAGAUUUGUUGUUCACUUUUGCAGAGUAAAAAAAAAUACAAAAUGCAAACGUUCAAUAUCAGGGGCGUAUUUUUCCGGGGCUACUAAUAGUAGGAAUCUGCUAAGCCAAGAACAUGUUUGCUUAGCACAACUAGGUUACCAGUCAAGAUGUCAUGCAGUUACUAACAGAUGUAACUGGUUUCCUGCAGAUUUGUAUUAAGCAAGAACAUUUGCUAAGCACCGUUUUCUGCUUUGAGGCAGCGUGAAAGUUGGCCCUGGUCCUCCAAAUCAUGAAUUAUUGAAUUUAUGAGAAAAUUGGACAAUGACAUGCCUGGCAAAUAGACAUCCUCAUUUUAUAUUAUUUUAACCACUUGUAUAUAUACAAUAUGUUACUGUGACAAUUGAUAUAUCGUAAUAUGUAUAAAACAAUCACUUAUUAUUGAGUGUUUAGCCGUAUCUAAAAAGUUAAAACCUAAAUUCAAGUUUUCUUUCUAUCCAAAUCUCGGGUAAACAAGGAUUUUAUUCGUCGGGCCUUAAUUAUGUACAUAGGUGCAAUCUUCAUUUUUAGCAAGCAGUUCCAUUAUAAGUGCCGAUGUGCACCUGAGAUACUUUCAGCUUUUUUGGUCGCUUAAAAAAAAAUUCCACAGUACAUGCACUUUAUUUCCAUUUCAUUUCUAAACCGAUUUUCAAUGUGUUGCUGAAGUUGUUCCGUGUAGUGACAGUAUGUGUUGGCCAAUUUUGAUGGAGCACUGGGCCCAUUUUCAUUGCUAUAGUAACCAUAGAAUUCCGCGCUUACGAUCACCAUUAUGUGCUAACAGCGCCAGCAGAGAAUUUCUGUGCUAACUUUGUAAGCAGCGAAUCCUUAGUUCACAACAUGCGCAAAAGCCAAAAUUUCUCACUUAACCGGUGAAAUAUGCUUAAAUACUGUAAGCUACCGUAACCGUAAGCAGGGAUUUUUCCGCUUACGGUUAGCAGAGCCAUGAAGCCCUGCUAAGAACAGAAACAGUUCGCUAAACAGACUAGCGUUACUAGCCAAAACGUCACAAGGGUUGUGCAUUUAUGAACAAUUCAGUAUCUGAUGAAUUGAAAUUGGAUUCUAUCGAAUAUUCAAAUAUUCAAAACACACCAGACAAAGUUUUACAUGUGCAAGCCAAAACGGCAUGCACCACUCGGAAAUUGCACGACCUGGUUGAAAUUUGCGUGCAUUGAUCGGGAAUUAAAUAGGCCACUGAUCAGGAUAUAUGUGAACGGUGAACUUAAGAAAUAUUAAGGACAUCAUGCAUGUAUCAAUAUGUUGUUGAUGUACAUGUAGCUGACUAGCGGAUUUAGAAUAUAAGAUUUCAAAUAUGCAACCUUCUACGAUUAAAAUGAGAUCAGGAGGCAUUUCUCUUCAUCUUUUCGAGACCUGCUCACAUUUUUUUUGAGAAUUCAUAU